CUGCAUCCCGCUUCUCUUCUUGGACUGUUAAUACUUACCACCCUUCCUGCCACUCUUUCGCUUUUAACUUCCCCAUCUCCCUUCAUUUUCCUCCGUCACCCCCGCUCCUGUCGUCGCCCUUCAAACACUCUCGUCACCACACUCGACAGUGAUCAGACACCGACGACCGUCACCCAAUAUGGCAACCACCCUUCAGCUUCCAUCUUUCCCCCGCCACGGCAUUCUGCUCAACCCCUCACCAUCGACUUCGCCCUACUCGCACACUACCUCUCUGCCCGGCACACCAAACCUUGUCUCAUCUCUUUCUUCGCUCUCAUCUUCCGCCUCGUCCUCCUCACCGCACAAUCUGGCUGAACAGGACAACUACUUCCUCACCUACGCUGCUGUGAGGGACCCAUACAGUGCGAUCCCUCGAGGAGGAUCGUCGCAGAAUCCGGGCUCUUCUGUAUCGAGAAACAAUUCUGCAAAGAAGCCCUCAUCUGCGCCUCAGACUCGCAGGAUCCGCUUUGCACCACUUCCUGAGCCCCGGAGAGACGAGCUCCAGCUCCCCGAUGUUUUCCUCGACGACAGCGUCGAGAAUCUGAGCAACUUCCCCGUCUCCCGUGAUGCUAUCGACACUCCAAGGUCCAAUUCCGGUGCGCCUUCGUCACUGUUGUUUAGUGAUCAUCACACACCAUCGGACUCCACUCCCACUACGAGCAACGCGAAUCUCCAGCUCGCUUCGAGUUCGAAGCCCACCGUCGCACCCAUCAAUACCGCUUCCUCGAGCACCAGCGGCUCCGACAAGGACGAUUCCUCGGACUGGGAUAUCACCACUCCUGUCUCCCCCAACAUCGCCCUCUCAUCAUCGGUCGAGCGCCUCCCUCAGAGCUGCCCAGAGUCCCCUCUCGGCCGUCGUCCAGAGCUCUCACGAGAGAAGAAGAGUUUCACCAAGAAGCUCCUGAAACCCCUUCUCGGGCCCCUAGGACGCAGCACCAUCUCGACAGAGGAUGUCCUUACGCUUGGCGUCAACCAACUCUUCAGGAGCUCGACGCGCGACUCCGACGACGGCCUGUCCUCGGGCGCCGCGACGCCCGCCGGGGCCAGCACGCCUGCGCGCAGCCACUCCAAGGAGCGGAGCAGCAGCGCCUCCGAUAGCGAGUGCGGAUUCGGUGUGCCACUCUCACGCAGCACGAGCGACGGCGCGAAAAAGCGCAAGACGUUCCUCGGCUUCAGCCACGGCAACAGCUCGUCCAGCGACGGCGGGCUCUGGCGCACUCAGAGUGGGCCGAGCGACCUGCGGAGGGUGCAGAGCAAGGAGGUCAAGGAGAGCGAGGACGCAACGCGCCCGCGGCGCGGCAGCACCAACCAGAUGUACGGCCCCGGGAGGCAGCUGAGGAUGCUCAACGGCCGUGUCUACGGUGCGAAGAGGUCGAACUUGGCGAAGACGAACCUGUUCGCCAAUGCUCGGUACGUCGUGCACCCCCCUUUUGUGAUGUAUUCGUUUGCUGACUUGUGUCAAUAGCACUGACGACAACGAGUUCGUCGAGUGGGGCUACGGAGGCAUGGGCAGUGUCAAGACUGCCGCUUCCGUCGGUGCGGACAACAAGUGGGCGCGCGUCCAGGGCAACUCUGCACUUGGCGUCGGCGCAACUCAAACCGGCUGGGGCAAGGACCGCCGGGAGGCCGUCGACGAUGACUACGACGGCAGCAGCAUGGCAUGGCUCAAGAAGCGUAAGGAGCAGCGCGAGCAAGCUCGGAAGGAGGCAGAAGCAAAGGCGGCGAAGGAGGCAGCUGAAAAGGAGAACCACGACGCCCAGCAAACACCCAGCGAGGCCCCCGAGCCAGCGGCCGAGAAGUCGGAAGCCAAGGAGGGCAACCCGGAGGAGGUUGCAGCGAAGGAGGCGCAACAUGUCACCACUGCUAUCGCCCUCCCUGCCCACCAUCGGCCAGUGCAUCAUCACUCGCGGUCUAUGGAGCGCGUGCCAUCAUCGGGAAGCCACAUCAUCAAGGCGACGCCCGAGAGGAGAGAUAGCGAGGAUACCGCACGCGCGGUGUCGCCUCCAGUUCCCGCGGGUGCCCUUAUCGAUGCGCAGCAAGUGGCUGGAGAGAUGGAGCUCCCUGAGCGUGCGGGUAACGCUCGUGUGCGCCGUGAGAGCGAGAGCAGCGCCUCGGGCGUGAGCAGCUUCGGCUCGGACGACGAGGACGCAGAUGUGGAGGACAGCCCGAAGGACUCCUAUGGUGAGGAGGACGAAGAGGAGUCUGAGGACGAUGUAAGUAAACU